AUGGGCUCAUCAGCAAUCUAUCUGUACCUCCCAGACUUUCUACGGAAACAAGGGAUAUCUCUUCAAGCAGCAUCUUUCAGCGUUUCAACUUCGGGUGUAGGCGGUUUAGUCUCGCGUGUUCUCACGGGAUUUGCAGCACAAGAUCCAAACAUUGGCGGUGGACUGAUAUUUGCUUCCCUGAACGGCCUCAUGGGGGUGUUAUCGUUCCUCAUCCCCUUAUUCACAUCAAGCUCAGCAACAGUGUGUGUGUACGGCUUCUUCCUUGGACUCUACAACGGUAGCAGCUGGGCACUGUUUAAUCCCAUCACAUAUGAAAUUCUUGGAAUGGAUCUCGUGGCAACCGGUUUUGGAGCUGUAAUGGGUUCUUGUGGCUUCGGAUUUCUCAUUGGUGCGCCUUUAGCAGGUAUUGGUUGCGAACCAGUUGACAAAUGA